AUGGAAACUGAAAUUCGAAAUUCUCAGUCAGAUAAAAAUGAUAUAGUUGGUAUUGAAACUUUGUUUACCAGUUUUAGAGAAGCAUUAAACCAACAUAGCAAACCAAAAAAUAUUAAAUCAGUUUUAGAAGAAACAGCAACAAAGAAAAAAGAAAUACUUGAAUUAUUUCAACAAAUUUCUUAUGAUUUAGAAGAUGCAAAUUAUUAUAGGUAG